AUGUGCUCGUCUCGACGAUUGUGUAAGUGUAACUAUCAGUUGGCUGCCGAGAAGGAGGCACUUAUCGAACGCAAAAAGCGUCGAAUUAUGGCCGCAAUCGGGAACUGUGAAUCGGCUCGAAUGCACCCUAAAAGGCACGAAUCGGGUUGGAUGAACGGUACGGUGAAUCGCAUUUCAACAACUUGCGGUGCUCCAAGCCGAGCACGAGUCGGUAUUUCACACCUUUCCGUACCGCUCGCUUGGAAUAGCGCUGAACAUUUUGGUAGCAGAGGAGGUUAUUUAUCGAACGGUUCAUCUCAUAUUUUCAUUUUUGCAUGA